CCAAAGCCCUAACCCUAUUUCUGUUUUUUCGACAUUUCGAUCGUCGUUUGUGUGAAAAAUAAAGGAUCGAAGUCUUUUCACUUUGGGAAUCGCUUUUGGGAUUUUCGAUUCUGUUGAAGUUGUUUAUUUUGUUGCUAUGCAUGUUUACUUGUUUUUAUUUCUCUCUUCUCAUCUGCAUCCUUCAACGUUUUUUAUUUUUCCCGUUUAGGUUUUGAAAUUCUUUGUUUAAUGUACGAAUCUCGAUUCGAGGAGAUUUGCUAUGUUUUGAGUUUUAUCAUGAUCUAUGAUGUUAUCGCCAUAGAUUUCCCUCGGGGUUUUCCUUUUGGUUAGAUUAUGCUACUUCUAUGCUCUGCUGGUUCUGUUGUAAUAUAUUUCUAAACUAAUUGGGAUUUUUUUAUUGAAUUUUGAAUCCUAGGGUUUGAUUUGUGAUUUGUAGAGGAAGUGUUUAGUUUUGUUUUGCCAUCGACUGUACUGCGGAUUAGAGUUAAAUGUAGAGUAUUAUAUAUGAUGGUCUUGCACACAGAAAAUCUGUAGUAUGUAAACCGCACUCUGUGACUAGUGUUGUUAUACUCAAGGCUCUGCAUGUUGAAGUAUUUUUUUAUUAUUUUGAGUAAUAUGUUUCUACAUUUCAUGAUCUUCAUGUUAGAGUGCUUGCUAUAUAUGUACGCAUUCAAAGGGUUUUACUCACAACGUUUUAGGACAAGCUUUUUGUUUGAUGCCAUUUUGGCGUUGCGUCUGUGAAACUUAUGUGUAAACAGGAGGUGCAGAUUCUUAUAUUGGUUGGAAUUCCCUUCCCUCUUUUUGUUUCCGGAGAACCAUGAGUGACGAGGCUGAGAAGACGUGUCCUCUCUGCGCUGAAGAGAUGGACUUGACAGAUCAGCAGUUGAAGCCUUGCAAAUGUGGUUAUGAGAUUUGUGUAUGGUGCUGGCAUCACAUAAUGGACAUGGCUGAGAAAGACGAGGCAGAAGGAAAGUGCCCGGCAUGCCGCACAGCUUAUGACAAAGAAAAAAUUGUAGGAAUGGCUGCCAACUGUGAAAGGUUGGUGGCUGAAAUCAGUUCGGAGAGGAAAUUGAAGUCACAUAAGGCAAAGCCAAAAACUUCUGAGGGAAGGAAGCACCUUAGCAGUGUUAGAGUAAUUCAGCGGAACCUGGUUUACAUAAUUGGGAUACCUUAUAAUUUAGCAGAUGAAGAUCUCCUUCAACGCAAGGAAUAUUUUGGGCAAUAUGGCAAGGUUUUGAAGGUGUCUAUUUCUCGAACAGCUGGGGGUGUUAUUCAGCAUUCUGCGAACAACACUUGUAGUGUAUAUAUUACUUACUCAAAAGAGGAGGAAGCUGUUCGAUGUAUUCAAUCAGUACAUGGUUUUGUCUUGGAAGGUAGACCGUUGAGAGCAUGCUUUGGAACCACAAAAUACUGUCAUGCAUGGUUGAGAAAUGUGCCUUGCACCAAUCCAGAUUGUUUAUAUUUGCAUGACAUUGGUACACAAGAGGAUAGUUUCACAAAGGAUGAGAUAAUUUCAGCCUAUACAAGGAGUAGAGUUCAACAAAUUACUGGUGCUACAUAUAAUUUGCAAAGGCGUUCAGGGAAUGUGUUGCCUCCCCCAGCAGAUGACUACUGUAACAGCAGCGCUGCUACUUCUGGCAAACCUAUCAUUAAAAGUGCCCCCAGUAAUCCUGUAAGCCAGGUUAAAGGUUCUCCUCCUAAUGGUUGCUCUGGAAGAUCUAUAGCGCUUCCUGCUGCAGCAUCAUGGGGUAUGCGAGCUUCAAAUUGUCGGUCUCCAGCUCCAAGUUUGGUCUCUUCUAAUGGGCCUGUUAAACAAGAAAAAGAACUUGAUGCAUUUAAUGAUUCAUUGGUGCUUCCCUCAGUGGUUACAAACACAACUCAGUCUUCUACAUUGCAUAAUGAUCUAGGAAAGAAAUCCAUGGUAACAGAAGAAAGUCAUUCGAAACAUCCUAUUGGUAGAUCAGGAUCAUUGGACUCUUCAAAACAAUAUGUUCUUACAGAUAGUUGUAGGCCUGUAUCAGAUACACCUGCAGAUUGCCUAGAGACAGCUUCAUCUAUUUACAGCAACCAUUUGUCUCCUUCUGCAUUUAAGGAUAAAGACAGGGUCGUUACUGUGCCAAAUUCGGUAGACAUUGACAGACAUUCUUGUAACUCUACUCCAGCUAAGGACGGAAAUAUUUCCAGAAGUGCAAACAUCCAGAGUUUAUGCUUGAGGUUGUCGUCUAUGAACGUAGAAAGCCAACCUGGUUUUGAGCUUCCCGACUCCUUAAGAUCUAAUGGCUCCUUUUCAAACCAUGUUGAAUUCAGAUCAUCUGGAAGUCACCAACCUGGUUUUGAGCUUCCCGACUCCAUAAGAUCUAAUAGCUCGGUUUCAAAUCAUGUUGAUUUCAGAUCAUCUGGAAGUCAAGGUUCACAACCUCAUUCUGAUCAAUAUAGAGAACCUUUAGGCUUGCAGCCCUCAAGGAAAGUUUCUGCAUUGUUUGAUGGUCAGUCUGGUUCGGUUGAACAACCUGAUUGGGGAUCUAAUUCACCUGCACAAGUUUUGCAAGAUGUAGGCAGUAAAGUGGAGGACUUAAAAACUUUUGAUAGUCAAAGACUGAAAGUUUCUGAAGAGAUCAAUUGUUCAUAUCUGCCUUCGCAUACUUCACCCAAUAUCACAAACCAUGAUAGUAGAACUUCUUGGCAACGGAGCGAAACAUUCAGAAAUAGCAAUCCAGAUUAUGUAGAUACAAUUUCCGAAACCAUCAGUUCAUCAUAUCCGUCGUCUUUGUAUAAUACACCCAAGGUCACAAAUCAUUAUAGCAGAACUUGGCAACAGAGCGAAACAUGCAGAAGUAGCAAUCCUGAUAAUGCAAAUACAAAAACUGUAAAUACAAAAGUUGAUGACUCCUUUUUCCCAUAUAAAUCUGGUGAUUCAGUAUCAUUAAAUGGAUAUAAUGUGAAUGAAAUUGGCGGCCCCAGUGAAGUUAAUGCGACUUAUGAAUAUUCCGAUGUGUUAUCAAGUGUAGAGAAAGGAAAAUUUUUGGGCAGAAACAACAAUGGUGUAGUCGGUGUUGAAAAGAAUGUAGCUUUGGAUAUGGGAGAGAGCAGCAUCAUCUCAAAUAUCUUGUCAAUGGACUUUGAUUCCUCAGAUGACUCAUUGACCUCACACAAUUUUGCUAAAUUGUUGAAUGAAACUGAUAAACAACAUGGUUCUCAUAAAAUAUCAAGUUCAUGGAAAGCACAAAACAGCAAUCAAUCAAGGUUCUCAUUCGCAAGACACGAUGGUUUUGCGUAUGAAGGAGCUGGCUUGGAGCCCUCUUUCAAUACAAUUGGGUAUAUGACAAAGAAAUAUUCUGUCCCCCAAGAUUCUUUUGAAAACAGGGAUCAUUUCUUUGACAAGCUUCAUUCUGUCCCCCAAGAUUCUUUUGAAAACAGGGAUCAAUACUUUGACAAGAAUCGGAGUGGUUUUUCACCUGGCAUUUUCGAGGAAUCAGAUAGUUAUUUCAGCAACCAUUCACCUGUCUCUUCUAAUAAGCUAUCUGUUCCUAGAGCUCAAAUUUCAGUACCACCAGGAUUUACAGUUCCAAGCAGGGCCCCACCUCCUGGUUUCUCUUCUCAAGAGAGAAUGGACCAAUAUUUUGAAGUUCCUACUGGGAAUCAUUUGCUCGAAAGUUCCUCUCUCAGAAAUCAGUAUCAGGCACCACCAACUGGAAACAUUAGCAGCAUUGGGGAUGUUGAGUUUAUUGAUCCUGCAAUAUUGGCUGUUGGCAAGGGCAGGCUGCCGAAUGGGAUAAAUAAUUCAGGAUUAGAUAUAAGAUCAGGUUUCGCUCCACAGCUUACUCCUGGAAAUGAUGCAAGGCUUCAGUUGUUGAUGCAACAAUCCAUCUCCGCUCACCAGAACCUCAGAUUUGCUGAACAUAUUGGUGAUAGAUACUCCUUCAAUGAUCCCUACAGUAUUCCUUCUAGGCUUUUAGAACAGUCACAAGCUAGCAACCUGACCCCUUUUGCACAGUUGUCGCUCCAACAAUCCAGAAAUGCACACUUUCAAAAUGGUCAUUGGGAUGGUUGGAAUGAGGUACAGGCUGGUAAUGACCUGGGUAUGGCAGAGAUACUGAGAAAUGAGAGACUAGGAUAUAACAAGUUUAUUCCUGGUUAUGAGGAUUUGAAGUACAGAAUGCCUAGUGGUGACUUGUACAACAGAGCUUUUGGGAUGUAAUCAUUAUUUGAGGUGGAACAUUCCUUUCGCUGGCUUGACGUUCCUUUAGAUGGAGCAGAGGUGACCAUGUGCGUAAGAACAAUCUGUGCUCUGAGAGUUGUUGAUUGUACCUGGUUACAUUGGGCAGAUAGUUCUCUGUUAGGAAGCUUGAAGAAAAUUGAUUGAGCUCUACUACUUCUUGGUUACAAAACGUUGAUCACUUGUGUUUCUAGAUUUUGGAAGGUAAGCAGCUGUAAGGAGAACCGUCAGCCUGAAUGUAUUCAUAUGGAACAAACUGGUGUUCCGAUUCUCCCUCCAGAGGGGCCUCCAGAGGGGAUUGUUAUGGUCACAUUUUGGAAAGAAGAGUGAAAAGCUGGGCUAUUGCAGUUUCGUAACUGAAGAACCGAAUCCUGAAAAAACUGUUAAUUUGUUCAUAGUGCUUGAAAGAUUUGUUUGGAUUGAAUAUUUGAGUUGGGAAGAAUUUAGCUAAAAUGUGCAUACCAUACCUUAUUUCUCAUA